CUGCACCGACUAGCGACUCCAAGCGCCGGAGUGUAUCAGAGCUGUAGCUGUUGGAACGGCAAUUCAAGCGUGGCCUCCGACCGUGGUGGACCUGCUCACCGUCGUCCCACAGAGAAAGGAUCCCAAGUGCUUCUUGCGACACCCGCCACCGAUAAUACAAUCAUGAGGAUACUGGCAAUAAUCGUUUUGUUUUCGUGCCUGGCGAGUCAGGCAAUGGCGCGGCCCCAGGAUGAUGCAGAGCCUCGUGCUGUCGCCAACAGAGGAGCCCUCCUCAAGCGAGGACUGGCGGGCAAACAGAAAACCACCACUACUACACCAGCACAGGAAGAAGUAGAAUACGAAGAUGAAGGAGACUACCCCGCAGAAGGGGAAGCUCAGGAGCCUUCCACAGAAGCUGCGCCAUCAUCCACAGAAGGCAAGAAGUUAGUCGGUGGACUUCCAGUACGGCCAUUCAGAAGCAACACUGACUUAUUAGAAACAUUGAAGAGGCGACGUGCACAGGCUGUUGGAGGUAAAAGUCAAGGCGGCUCUUCAUCUGUGACCCAGCAACAGGUCGAGGCUCAAACGGAAGCUCCGGUCAAGGCCAAUUUCAGCAAGAAGCGAUUCAACACAGCAACGCGGGAAACAAAGGCUGAAGAUGCUCCGGCGCCAGCUCCAUCCAAACCAAGCAGAGGACGCUUUGGAAGACCAUCUUCAAGGUCGGUCCAGGAAGCGGAACCUGAAGAACAGAACGACACCACUUCGCCUCCAGCGAGGACCGGAAGGACGUUCUCCAGACGGGGUGGCAACUGAGCUAACCACCCAACCACAAAUCCCUCCUACAAUCCGACAUCCGUCCAAACCCCUCCGUGUCACCAGAGUGAUGUUAACGCCAUCAGAUACAUCACUCUACACUCAUUAGUUCCGAUCAAUUAGAAAAAAAUCUAUAUCUACUAUUUGUAAAUUAUGUAUAAGUAAUUUUAAUAAAUAAUUUUAAUUUUU